AUGCACAUUGCGGACAUGGCUGUCUCUGUGUUUGUAGUAGUGAUCAUCGCCGUCUCGUUUCUGUCCAACGUGGUGGUACUGAUCUGCUUUUUGUACAACCAGGAGAUUCGAAAGCAGGUGCCCGGGUUGUUUAUCCUCAACCUAACCGUCUGCAACCUGUUGCUUACCGUGUCCAAUAUGCCUCUAACUCUGGUCGGACUUAUCAACAAAGGAAACACUGGAGGCAGCGGGUUCUGUCAAACUGUGGGUUUCCUGGACACUUUUCUCACCACCAACUCAAUGCUCAGUAUGGGGGCUUUGAGCAUCGAUCGAUGGGUGGCAGUAGUUUUUCCACUGAGCUACCACUCCAGAAUACGACACCGGGACGCAGUGAUAGGGCUUGGAUACACGUGGAUGCACUCGCUCUCGUUCUCCACGGUGGCCACUUGCUCUUCCUGGGUUGGGUACCAUCACCUUUACGCAUCAUGUACGCUCUGCAAUGCGAGAGCAAGCGGCUCCCGGACGCAGUUCAUCAUCUACACUGUGGUGUUACACUCUCUCACGUUUCUCUUGACCUUAAUCGUGUUGUGUGUAACGUACCUGAAAGUUCUGAAAGUUGCGCGGUUUCACUGUAAACGCAUCGACGUGAUCACUAUGCAGACCUUAUUGCUGCUUGUGGAUAUUCACCCGAGUGUGCGCCAGCGAUGCCUGGAUGAGCAGAGACAGCGGAGGCAGAGAGCCACCAAGAAGAUCAUCACAUUCAUUGGAACGUUUGUGGUGUGCUUCGCCCCUUACGUCAUCACGAGAAUCUUCGAGCUCUUCACGCUAGGACAGAUAAACCCUCACUGGGGGGUCUUGUCUAAGUGUUUGGCCUACAGCAAGGCAGCCUGCGACCCCUUUGUCUACUCACUGCUCCGGAACCAGUACAGGAAGACAUGCAGCGACCUAACCAACAAGGUCAUGAAGAGAAGUUCCUUUAACUCCUCCGCCCGCAUGGUGGAGAACGGAAGGGUCAACGACACCAACAACUUCAAACCCACCCAUUGA